CGGCGCGGCCCCACGUGCGCGUGACGCCGGCGGCGCCGGGAACGCGGCGGAGCUGCGGGGAGCGGCGCGGGGCCGUGCAGCCCCCGGCCAUGCAGCCCCCGGCGGCCUCCCCCGGGCCCGCCGCCCCGGCCGAGGCCGAGCUGCUGCGGUGGCAGUGGCGGGAGGUGCAGGCGCCCUGCCUGGUGGCCGCCUGGAUCCUGGUGGCCAGCCUGGCCAAAAUCGUUUUCCACCUGUCAAGGAAGGUGACAUCCAUCGUCCCAGAGAGCUGCCUCCUCAUCCUGCUGGGGCUGGGCCUGGGGGGCAUCGUGUUGGCUGUGGCAAAGAAAGCCGAGUACCAGCUGGAGCCCAACAUGUUCUUCCUCUUCCUUCUGCCCCCCAUCGUCCUAGACUCAGGCUACUUCAUGCCCAGCCGGCUGUUCUUCGACAACAUCGGUGCCAUCCUCACCUACGCGGUGGUGGGCACGCUCUGGAACUCCUUCACCACCGGUGCUGCACUCUGGGGGCUGCACCAAGCUGGGCUCAUGGAUCCAGGCAUCGAAGCUGGGCUGAUGGAUUUCCUGCUCUUCGGCAGUCUCAUCUCAGCUGUGGACCCUGUGGCAGUGCUGGCCGUUUUUGAAGAGGUCCAUGUAAAUGAGACUCUCUUCAUCAUCGUGUUUGGCGAGUCUCUCCUGAAUGAUGCUGUCACUGUGGUGCUGUACAAGGUUUUCAACUCUUUUGUGGAGCUGGGCCCAGCACGCAUCCAUGCCAUGGACUACGUGAAGGGGGUAGCCUCCUUCUUUCUGGUGAGCCUGGGGGGCACGGCUGUGGGGCUGCUCUUUGCCUUCCUCCUGGCCCUGAUCACACGGUUCACCAAGCGUGUGCGCAUCAUCGAGCCGCUCUUCGUCUUCCUCCUGGCCUAUGUUGCAUACCUUGCUGCCGAGAUGGUCUCACUCUCCUCCAUCCUUGCAGUCACCUUCUGUGGGAUCUGCUGCAAGAAAUAUGUGGAAGCCAACAUCUCCCAGAAAUCCCGCACAACGGUCAAGUACACCAUGAAGACACUGGCCAGCAGCUCAGAGACCAUCAUCUUCAUGUUUCUGGGCAUCUCAGCUGUGGACACCUCCAAGUGGGCAUGGGACACAGCACUGGUGCUGGGCACCCUGUUCUUUAUCCUGCUUUUCAGAGCUGUGGGUGUUGUCCUCCAGACCUAUGUGCUCAACCACUUCCGCCUCAUCCCUCUGGACAGGAUUGACCAGGUGGUCAUGUCAUAUGGUGGCCUCCGUGGGGCCGUGGCCUUUGCUCUGGUCAUCCUGCUGGACAGGGCGAAGGUGAAAGCCAAGGACUACUUUGUGGCAACAACUAUCGUGGUGGUGUUCUUCACUGUCAUUGUGCAGGGCCUCACCAUCAAACCCCUGGUGACAUGGCUGAAGGUGAAGCGCAGUGACCACCACAAGCCCACACUGAAUGAGGAGCUGCAUGAGCACGCCUUUGACCACAUCCUAGCAGCGGUGGAGGACAUUGUGGGACACCACGGCUACCAUUACUGGCGGGACAAGUGGGAGCAGUUCGACAAGAAGUACCUGAGCCAGCUCCUGAUGCGGAAAUCUGCCUACAGGCUGCGGGAUGAGAUAUGGGAUGUUUACUACAAGCUGAAUAUCCGUGAUGCUAUCAGCUUUGUUGACCAGGCAGUGGGGACCCCCCAGCCCAGCGGGGUCCUUGCUGCCCCAAUGCCAGCCUUGUCCUCCCAGGGUGGCCACGUGCUCUCAGCUGCCAAACUGGCGCUGCCCUCCAUGCCCAGCCGCACAUCCAUGUCAGAGUCAUCAGUCACAAACCUCCUGAGGGAGAGCGGGAGCGGCGCCUGCCUGGACCUGCAGGUGAUCGACACGGUGCGGAGUCGCCGGGACAAGGAGGACGCUGCCAUGCACCACGUGCUGCGAGGGAGCCUCUACAAACCCCGCCGGCGGUACAAGGCCAGCUACAGCCGUCACUUCAUCUCUCCAGAUAAACAAGAGCGCCAAGAUAAAGAAAUCUUCCGUCAGAACAUGAAGAGGCGUCUGGAGACCUUCAAGUCCACAAAGCACAAUGUCUGCUCCUCCAAGAGCAAGGCCAGGCUGAAAGAAAAGGGCAGGAAAAAGAAGAACAUCUCUCUGACCAGCGACGCUCCCAAUGGGAAGACACACAGAAAUGUCCCCUGGCAGGAGGCGGCUCCUGUCCUGGUGAUGGUCAGCUCAGAGGAGGAGGAGAGUGAUAGCUCAGAGACAGAGAGAGAGGAUGACGAAGGGAUCGUAUUCAUCGCUCGAGCCACCGAUGAGGUUCUUCAGGGAAAGACAACUCCUGGCAGCCUGGAUGUCUGCCCCAGCCCCUGUAUCAUCCCGCCAUCACCCACCUUGGCAGAGAAGGAGCUGCCGUGGAAAGGAGACCAGGCUGAUCUGGCUGUUUACGUCUCCUCGGAGACCACCAAAAUCGUGCCAGUAGAUAUGCAGAAGGCGUGGAACCAAAGCAUCUCAUCCCUGGAGAGCAUCGCUUCCCCACCAGGCAUCGAGAGCGGACCUCAGCACAGGAGAUUUGCCUGCCCUGUGCUGGAAGAGCAACCCCAGUCUGCGAACCAAGCCAUAUCAGAGCAGAGCUCCUGCUUCCAGUUCCCCAGCCACAUCUCUAAGAGCGGCCGGUCGCAGAGCGACAGCAGCCCUGAUGGUGCUGAGCAGCAGGAGCUGCAGCCUUUGAUGGCCACGGAGGAGCAGGGCAGGAUGGUGCCCACCACGGAGCCCAGGUGGCUGAUGUUCAACAGAGCGAGCCACCUCUGAGGCAGGAUGGGGAAGGGACUGGGGGCUGCGGACGGGCUGUGACUCGCUGACUGCUCUGUCUUGCGAUGCAAAGCUUGUGUGUGUCUCCAUAACCUCUAGGAGCAGCAGGAGAACCCAGUACUUCUCCAGGAUCUGCAUUCCAAGGUGGGCUUUGCCCAUACACCUACUGAUGCAAAACUGGUUGAUAAUUGGGCUUUUGGCUGCAACAGUAGGUACCAGCCCCCACCCACCUAGGGAGGCACAGACCCCAAACCUCAUUCUUUCUCUCUGGUCCCUACACAUCUCUGCAGCUGGGAGGCCAGAGAUGUUCUUCCCAGGGACUGGACUCAAUCCCAUCAUGGCUGUGCUGCCCUGAGGUGCGGGCGUGCUGGCUCAUGGAUGCAUGAGAAUGAGCUGAUCUCCAGCCUGGCUGUGAGUAGGAGACCUCUGGGGAGAGGGCUGCAAGCAGUGGCCAGUGCACGAGAGCCCAUCCACAUCCAGCGACUGAGCCAUUGACCUCAAGGUGGCCACAGUGCUGGUUCCUCACAGCAUGCAUGGAGCUCAGCCAGGAGGGCAGAGAUGGGCUCCUCACCAUGGCAGCUCUACGUUCUCCAGGUUAUAGAGGUACCGCAGAUGCAAGGCCAUGACCUUCUCAGGACUGGGAGCAGCGCUCCUGGGGUUUGGCUCCAGCAGGAGCCGGACUAGUGAACCUGUACGCACAGGGACUCCUCUAGCAGCCAACGUGCUGUGCCAGCCUCACGCCUAUUGUCUGGAUGUGUUCCCAAUAGUUGUGGUGUUCAGCUUUCUGGUUUUGCUAGGAGGCAGCUGCCCUGCACAGCAUUCUUGGUGUUUAUCCUGCCCACAUCCCAGUGCCUCCAGUUGCCUGGGGCCCAUCAGCUGGGAGGGCUGGUCAUGGUGCGAGGAGUGGAGCCAGCAGCAGGUAUGAAUGUACACCAGGAAAACGGGUGAUGGGUGAGAGCUGAGUGCACCUUCAAAGGUCUGUCCCCACCACCUGCCUCCCAGCCACCCCUGGUCCCUCCUAAGAAGGUGGUGGGACCUGGUGGCAAUGGCCCACACAGGGAAUUAUUCCUGGUGUGAGCCCAAGGGCCAAGAAUUGCUCCCCAAGAACUACUCAGCAUAUGAAAGCUCAGCACAGCAGCUGGGCACUGGCAACACAGGAGGGUUGGGGAUGCACCUUUUAGGGAAGAACGGGGAUUUGGGCUGUUAAUGGCCCAAAGCAGGUAAAUAACUGCCUGUUCCCAGCUAUGUGGGCAUGCUGAGAUGGCAGGUGUCAAGGGGACAUGGAGAUGCAUGGGGUGAGGGAGCCCAGCAUAGGGCAAGCAACCUGGUGGUACCCCUGGUAUAGUCAGCAGGGCUCAGUAAAGGCCUUUCUGCUCUGUACCUGUCCCACCAGAUGAGCAUGAGGUUUUUAAAAGGUUUUUCUAUAGUUUUGCAUUUCUGGUAUGCCUUAUUCUGGUUUUGAUUUCUGAUAUUGGACCAUACUAAAUCUCUAGCUGGGUCAGUGUUUUCUGUAGCCUGUGGCACAACAAAUGACUCAAGACUUAAUAUCUUAUUUGCAAGAAUAUUGUUUUAAUGUGAAAAUAUAUGCAGAGUAUUUUGUAAUGUUCAAUAAACAGAUUUGGAGCAGGCA